GACAGCCCAGGAUGAGGAGCAUGGCAGGGAACUAGAUCAUGCUGCAAAGUGGCCUUCUGGGAGUGUCCUGCUGCAGGGACCUGGGAACCGCCCUGGGCUGAGAGUCCCCUCCUCCCUGCUGCUGUGAGCCAGGCUAGGGAAACACUUUCAGUUUUGUUUCCUUGUGUGCCGUAGAUGAGAAAGUCCACAGUAUCCUCCAAGCAGCAGACCAUGGAGGCUGACUUCCAGGUGUGCAGCAACUGCAAAAGAAAUGUGGCCUCUGUCCACUUCGCCCUCCACGAAGCCUACUGCCUGCGCUUCCUGGUCAUUUGCCCGGAAUGUGAGGAGCCCAUCCCAAAGUCAAAGAUGAAGGAGCACACCCAAGCUGAGCACCAGCAGACCAAGGAAACCCAACAGCACCCUGCCAAGUGCAAGUUCUGUGAUCUGGCUGUGCACCUCAACAAACUGAAUGUCCAUGAGCCCCACUGUGGCCUCCGGAUAGAGCACUGUCCACACUGCAACCAGUCCAUCACACUCCGAGUGAUGGCCCAGCACAAAGAUAUGUGUCUGAGGACAAAGGCCAGGCCUGAGAAAUGGAAGAGAAAUGUAUCUCCUGAAAGAAAAACCCAUUGUAAUUACUGCAAACAAAUAAUUCCCGAAAAUAAGUAUGUGUCCCACAUGAAACAAUGUCCAUCCUCAAGGACUGUGAAAUAUCUUCAGGAUGGAAAGCCAAAAAUCCUUCCUCCAUCCCUUACAAGUCAGGUGACUGGAAAUCAAACAUCCACAGUGACGAAAGAUGUUCGUCCAAAGACAAAAAUUAGAAGCAGUUCAACAAAGCAAGAGACAAAUGACCAAAAUGGCCUCGUGGGUCUGCCUUUGAAGCCUGCACUCCAGCUGAGAGCUAUUCCUUCUACAGACGAAGCAGCCUAUGACAUCCUUCAGAGGUGCUGUCGGUGUGGCAUCUUACUUCCCUUGCCCAUUCUAAAUCAGCACCAGGAGAAGUGCCUGAGGUUAGCUCAAGAGAAAAACAAGUGAGGAAGGCCAGCUAGCUCCAGAGGAAAGAGGCCCUAGGAUUCAGAAGGGCUCCAGUCCACACUGGCUUCCCCGCUUCCUUUUUGUGGUGGUCACAACUUUGUUUUCCUUGCCAAUCCGUAAUUAAAAUUCUUUCCUUUAA